AUGAUAAACGAAAAAAGAAAAUGUAGUGAAAAGGCUAAUCUUUACCAUCGUAGAGAUGAAGGAUUAGAUUACAACCUCCUCGAUUACUAUGACAGUUUCUACCAUACCACUAAAAGUCUGUUAGUUCUUUUUCAAGUAAUGGGAGUAAUGCCCAUUGAGAGAAAUAAGGGAUAUACAACUUUUAGAUGGCAUUCUCCUGCAAUUCUCUGGUCUUAUUUACUCUUCACCGGUGAAACGAUAUUUGUGAGUUUGGUCUUCAAGUCUCGCUUAGACCUGAUCAUGCAACCCGGUAAACCCUUUGAUGAGUACGUCUACGGUAUUAUAUUUUUAAGCAUAUUGAUUCCGCAUUUUCUUCUGCCAUUGGUUGCUUGGAGCAAUGGUGCCGAAGUAGUUAAGUUUAAAAAUAUGUGGACCAGAUAUCAGUUAAAAUACCUCCAAGUAACAGGUGACCAAAUAGUGUUCCAUAAUCUAGAAUGCGUUUGUAACAGCCUUUGCUUAGUUUCAUGGUUGGUAGGCGUAGUAAUAAUGAUUGCUCAGUACUAUUUACAACCAGAUAUGUUGUUAUGGCACACUUUCGGAUAUUACCACAUUUUAGCUAUGCUAAAUGGAUUAGUAAGUUUGUGGUACAUCAAUACAAACUCGAUGGGAAAAGUUGCAGGUCGGUUAGCUGUAUUACUCAAUGAAGCGUUGUUGGAGGGAAGUGCUGAGAAGGUGGAAGAUUACAGGGAUAUAUGGGUAGACCUGUCUCAUAUGCUUCAGCAAUUUGGUAAAGCAUACAGCGGUUUGUAUGCUUGCAUGUAUUUGCUGGUACCUGUAACAACCAUAGUAGCCACGUUUGGAUGUGUUACGGAAAUAUUGGAUCACGGUCUCUCACUAAAGGAAGCUGGACUAUUUAUUAUUGCUAUAUAUUGUUGCAUACUUUUAUUCAUAUUUUGCAACGAAGCUUACAGAGCAUCAAAUAAAAUGGGAUCAGAUUUUAGGGAUAUAUUAAUGAGUAUUGAUCUAAACACCGUUGACAACAGAAUUGUCCAGGAAGUAAAUAUGUUCCUCAUAGCUAUACAGAAAAAUCCUCCCAUCAUGAACUUAAAUGGAUACACUAAUAUCAACAGGAAGCUUCUUUCUACAACAGCUACAUCAGUGGCUACUUAUUUGGUGAUACUAAUGCAAUUCCGAAUGACCCUAAUGAGAAACAGUGUACUUUCCCAGAGAGCUAAUAAAACAAUGAUUACUGAAGCUCAAUUGCUAUAGAUUGGCG